CUUUUUACUUUGAGAUGAGAUCUCACUAAAUUGCUUAGGCAUUCACUGAGUUGCUGAGGCUGGCUUUGAAUUUGUGAUCCUCCUGCCUUAGCCUCCUGAGUCAGAGGGAUUACAGGCAUGUGCCAAGGUGCCCAGCUGAAGAAAUGUUCUUAAAACAGAGUUUAGAUUUCUCCACAGUGCACAGGAUAAAGAAAUAUGAUUUUGAUACUUACCAAACAUUGUCCCUCUACAUCUGUGACUUUUUCACUUUAUCACAGAAACACUUACAUAAAUUCACAUUGGUUUAGACAGAAAAGGGGUUGCCCAGGAAUGUGUGUGGCAAACAGUGUUGCUGUGGUUCUUUAAAAUACAAAACAAAGGAAGAGUAUUUUGUCUUAGAAGAAGCAGGUCCAUGGUUUCAUAAAAAUAAACCAAUUCUUUAUCCUUACAUUGGUUGGGAAACCUGACAAUUCUCAUUUGCGAAGUGAAUAGAUAUUCUUGGAGUAACGUGGAGUAUAUAUUCUUAUAUUAAGUAUCUUAAAAAGUUGAGUAAAUGUCCAGCUGUUUACACUUAUACAUGUCUACUCUUCAGGUGCAAUUGACACUUGAUGUUGGUAAGGAGCAAUUUUAAUAGCCAUUAAAACAAUUAAAGUAGCUUCCUCUUUCAAGGAAAAUUUCAUUUGGAUACAUACAAAAAAUGACAACAAAUUUGGUUUUGGAAGGUAAAUCCAGGUUUCUUGAUUGUUUGAAUUUCCUUCAAUUCAACCUUUUUACAUUUCUGUCCUUUAGGUCUGCCAAAAUGUCUGAAAGAUCAGAUCUCCUUCACUUCAAGUUUGAAAAUUAUGGAGAUUCAAUGUUACAAAAAAUGAACAAAUUAAGAGAAGAGAAUAAAUUUUGUGAUGUUACAGUUCUCAUAGAUGAUAUUGAGGUACAGGGGCAUAAAAUUGUGUUUGCUGCAGGUUCCCCCUUCUUAAGAGACCAGUUUUUACUGAAUGAUUCCAGAGAGGUGAAAAUCUCAAUAUUACAGAGUUCUGAAGUGGGGAGACAAUUGCUCUUAUCCUGUUAUAGUGGUGUGCUGGAAUUCCCUGAGAUGGAACUGGUAAAUUACUUGACUGCUGCGAGUUUUCUUCAGAUGAGCCACAUUGUAGAACGGUGCACACAGGCCCUGUGGAAGUUUAUAAAGCCAAAACAACCAAUGGAUAGUAAAGAGGGAUGUGAACCACAGAGUGCUUCUCCCCAGUCAAAAGAACAGCAGGGAGAUGCCAGAGGCUCCCCAAAGCAGGACUCACCUUGUAUUCAUCCAUCUGAAGACAGUAUGGAUAUGGAGGACAGUGAUAUUCAGAUUGUUAAGGUAGAAUCUAUUGGGGAUGUAUCUGAGGUUAGAAGUAAGAAAGAUCAGAACCAGUUUAUUUCUUCUGAACCCACUGCUUUACACUCAUCAGAGCCCCAGCACUCCCUGAUUAAUUCAACUGUGGAAAACAGAGUAAGUGAAAUAGAACAAAACCAUCUCCACAAUUAUGCCCUUUCUUAUACAGGCAGUGAUAACAUCAUCAUGACCUCAAAAGAUGUUUUUGGGCCUAAUAUUCGAGGUGUAGACAAAGGCUUACAGUGGCAUCACCAGUGCCCAAAGUGUACCAGGGUGUUUCGUCACCUGGAGAACUACGCCAACCAUUUAAAAAUGCACAAACUCUUUAUGUGUCUACUCUGCGGCAAGACUUUUACUCAGAAAGGCAACCUUCAUCGACACAUGCGCGUACAUGCCGGAAUUAAACCUUUCCAGUGUAAAAUCUGUGGGAAAACCUUUUCUCAGAAGUGUUCCUUACAGGAUCAUCUUAACCUUCACAGUGGAGAUAAGCCCCAUAAGUGUAACUAUUGUGACAUGGUUUUUGCACAUAAGCCAGUUUUGAGGAAACACCUUAAACAGCUGCAUGGCAAAAACAGCUUUGAUAAUGCCAAUGAGAGAAAUGUGCAAGACCUCACAGUGGAUUUUGAUUCUUUUGCUUGUACAACAGUAACAGACUCUAAAGGGUGUCAGCCACAGCCUGACGCAACACAGGUCCUGGAUGCAGGUAAACUGGCCCAAGCUGUCCUGAACUUAAGGAGUGAUAGUACUUGUGUGAAUUGAGUAGGGACUUAAUGCUCACAACUAGCAGUGACUGAGAAUGUGGCAAUAGUCUGAGUCUUUUUAGGAGUGGUUUUGCUAGUUUGACUUCUCUGAAGCCUCUAUGCAGGUGGUAUGGGGUGAGUGAAAGCACUAAUAGACCAGGCAACUUAAACCACUUGGAGUGGUUUUGCCUUCCUUCUGAUCUCUCCCAUUUUCUGUUUUAUUUAUCCUGUGAUGUCUGUUUUCCUUUCCCAAGGAAUACUUCCAUUUGUCUACCUAAUGUUGAUUUGUCUUAGACUGACACUGUUUUAGGCUUUUAUCAGGCCCAGUCUGAAGGUCACCAACAAAUUAAUAAUAUCAUCCUAUUCUCCAUUAAUAGAGGCUAUGCUAGGUGAAUAAUUUUUCUUUGGCAAAAAAAUAGUUUGAGAUAUAUGGUAAUACUGCUGUUGAUCUGAGUGUGAUAGAACCCUCUGGUUGCCUACUGAUAAUUCAUCCACGUCUGAUAAAUUAAUGAAUCUGCUUCCUACCAUUUGUACUUGCCUGCAGCUGGCUAUCAAGAAGUAUGUUGGUUUGUUGUAUGCCCUUUUCAACACUAUUGUAGCCCAACUUCAUCUCACUGUUCACAUAGACCAGAGUACAAUCUUUUCAGCAACACCUGGAGACAGAUCACCACCAGGAGUGUAAUUAACAAAGGACAGAAAUACAGUUAAUACAACAGUACUCAUAUGGAAAGUCUUCCAGGUAGCACAUCCCACCAAGAGACCAGAUUCUUAAAGUGUAACUUCCUGAUGCUUUUGAAAUUGUGAUUGCUUCUGGCACAUUUGAAAUGUGCUAAAAAAUAAUGGUUUCUCUAGAAAGGGGGCUGUUGAGGAGACUCUGAACUUUGCAUCAGAGUUUAGCCAUCAGAAAGGUGAGUUUGGCUAUUAGAGUUUUGUCCAGUACACUAUAAGUAUCUCAAUUUUCCUUUCAUCAUAUCUUGAUUCCUAAAAUAUAUGGAAAAAUUAACUGGAACACAGAGGAACAAUCUGCAUUCAGAACAAUGUUGUAUUCAAAUACCCCUCCUAAAGGUACUCCAUCCCACUUUCCUACCUUCAAUGGAUUGAUAAUACAAAGUUGAUCUUCCAAUAUGGAAAAACAAAACAACUGUUUCUCCCACAGCACAUUUCAGACAUAAAUUUUAAGUCUUUUAUUUGUUUAAGACACCCUGAGUUAGAUUUAGGUAAUAGGAGCAUUAAGAGUACUUAGAGAAUCUUAGGAGAUCAUUUAUUCCACCUCUUUCCAUUUAAGUUGGGGCAUCGAAAGCCAAGACUGGCCAAAGUAGAUAAGUGAUAAAUAUGAACUAAUAUCUCCUUACUUCAUUAUACCUUGACUUAAAUUAGUACAUGAUGGAGAAUAAUGCAUUAGCGAAAAGCUCCCAGUUUGUAUUUCACCUCUGUGUUUACCUGUUGGCUUUCUGAGACAGCCUGGAUUUUGCCAACACAAUAUCACAGAGGGACUUACUUGUGUUAGUUAUUAUUUUUUAAGAUUUAUUUAAUUUUUUGCUGGGGAUCAAACCCAGAGCAUGUUGUGCAUGCUUGGCAAGCACUCUACCACUAAGCUACAUCACCAGCCUAUUAAUUAUUUUUUAGUUUUUUAAGUAUUACAUUCUUCCCAAGCAAGUGACUGAUAAGUUGAAUGUUGUUAGGGAGGGAAAAAGCAAGUAAGAAUGUGAGAAGGCUCCCAAUGUGAAAUUGAUUUGUUUGGAAAAAUAUUUAUUUUGUUUUUUCAGGAUUUUGUUUUUAUUUUUGAGCAAUGAGAAUGCAUGCAAAGAUAAUCAAAAGUUAGGCUAAUUCAUAUAGUCUGAUGGGUUAUAAUUUGAUACAGUUACAUGUGAGUCAAAUUUGAAGUAUAUUUCUCAUUUAAAAAUUUAAAAUGAGAAUACAGUUGAGUGAUGAGACCACUAGAUACCUUAUAUGUCCAGCAUUACUCAUUAUUAUGUUCUAAUGCUGCUUCCUAGCAUUCUAAUUGGUAUAUGAUCCAAAGACUAUCAUUUCUAUGCAACAGUGAGCCUACAGUAUCAACCAGUGUUGUUAUUUUCUCUGAACAUCAUUUCUUCACAGGAAAAUUUCAAUAUGGAAUACUUCCUUUGGUCAUAUGCAUGUCCUGUUUUUGUACUAGUGUGAAGACUGAAAGGCAUGGGUUCAAAUAUGAUUGGUCUCUUUGGUUGGAGACUAUUUGGUUGGAAUUCAAACUUUUUUUUUUUUAAAUGCUGGGGAUUGAACCAAAGGCCUUGUGUAUGCUGAGUACAUGCUCUACCACUGAACUACACCUUCAACCUCAAGAAACAUUUAUUAAGCACCUACUGUUGCCAGGCACUAUAUAGAUAAUGAGGAUAUGAAGGUAAGAUUUGAUAAGGUCCCUGCCCUCACGGACCUUAUUGUCUUAUGUGGUCUAAGGGAGACAAGGUCUCAAUUUGAUUUUCUAGUAAGAAAAACUGCCUUGUUUUCUUUGAUCACUUAAAGCAUUUUUGUGAUUUUUCUGUUAGUAAAACUUUUAGUUCUCACUUUUUGCAAGUGCAAACCACUGAACUAAUCUGCAGUCUCCUCCAUUUCUUGGCUGGAGAGGUGUUUUGUUUCUGUGAGACAUUUCCUAAUUUUGGUGAGUUUCCUUUUCUCCUUCUUUGCUUAUACAUGUUUCUUAGAUUAUGCUGCAAAGAGUUCAAGUUACUGAUAUGAAGUAAGUUUUAUAGAGGAAGAUGACUUUCAAACAUAGUCGUGUUCCUAUAGAGAAGAAUUUAAAAAUCUUAGUCUUUCAGCAUUUGUAUUUUAUCCAUCCCCAGGAUAAUUAAAAAGGAGAAAGGACUCUUUUCCAGCUUGGUUUUUAAAAAAAUUACUGUGUCUCAGUUAUUUAUUUAUUAUUUAAUUUUAAAGACAAACUCCAAACUGAAGUGGUUCUGAGGUAAAUCAGAUGUGGUUUUAAUUUGUCUUAGUUUCUUCAUUAGAUCUAUGAUGGAAGGUGACCAGUGUCACCACUUCUAAAAUCUUGUCCUAAACAAACCACCCAGAACAUUUUAUUUCAGCUCAUGAAUAGCUGUUCUAAAUCUGUUGUAUGUUAGACAUACUAUGAACUACCUCUUCACUUAUUAUGGGGAAGUUUCCUUAAUAAAAGUGUGACAAUUAAAACUCUGGUGUCAGUGAUUUACUUUCUUAUUCUCUCCCCUCCUGCUUUUUCAGUUGCUUGAAUUU